AUGGGUAAGGCAGAUAAUAGUCUGCAGCAUAUUGAUAUUAAAGCUAUGAGAGAUGGUGCCCAGUUGAGCAUGGAGUAUAAAGAGUAUCUUGUUGCUCACCUUACUAAACAUAAAAUUGUCCAAGUUCUGCAGGGUAUAAGAGACUUAAAGGUACCAGGUAUUGAUGGGCAUGGAGCUAGAUUUUUCAAGGCUAGUUGGCAUACUAUUAAAGAUGAUGUGAUAGCUCCAAUUAUGGAGUUCUUUGAUAAUGAGAGGUUAUACAAGGCUUUUAGUAGCACUGUGGUAACUUUGAUACCAAAGAAUGAGGAAGAAAAACAAGUUAAGGACUAUAGGCCUAUUGCUGGGUAUCAGCAUAUCUACGAUCACAUCUUAUUGGCUUAUGAGCUGAUCAAGGGCUACUAUAGGAAAGGAGGGGGCCUCAGAUUUAACAUUAAUGGUGAGUAUUCUGAGAUUUUGCAGGCUAAAAGAGGAAUUAGGCAAGGGGACCCCAUGUCCCCUUUACUUUUUGUCAUCAUGAUGGAAUACUUGAACAAGACUAUGCACAAGAUGCAGAGGAAUUAUGGUUUCAAUCACCAAUGUAAAUGUGAGAAGUUGUUUAUCAUUAAUCUGACUUUUGCAGAUGAUGUGUUGAUGUUCUCUAGAGGUGACCAAAAGUUAGUGGAGCUGAUGUUGGAAGCCUUUAACAAAAUCUCUAUCCGCAGGCCAUAG